UUAAGAAAAAAGAAAAGCAAUCGAUGGAGAAGGUCGAUGGAGGAGGUCGACGCACGAUCCGUAGGCCCGGAUCGCACCUUCGGCGAGUGAUAACCGCAGGGGUGGAAUCAUUCGAACUGGGUCAAUCAAUAUAGACACCCUCUCGAGUGCGCGCGUGGGCGAGCGAGCGUCGGGGGACGCCGAGAGACGCGCGGCCAACCCAGCCCGAGGAUGUCCGAGCACCUGACGGUCCUCACGAUCCCGGAAGAUCGCUUCUGCGAGGUGAUCGACCACCUGAGACACAGCUUCUUCGCCGACGAGCCCCUCAACCACGCCGUGGGGCUCUGCCAGAGGGGUGAGCCUCACCCCGACCUGGAGAGACACUGCCUGGCCACCAUGAAGCAGGGCUACUCGAGGAUGAUCCUCAGCGAGGACGGCACGAUAGCGGGCGUGGCCUUGAACGGCACCCUGAGGAAGGGCGAGCGCGAGGAAGCGGGCCGCAAACUCCUGGAGCUCGCCGAUGAAAAGUUCAAGACCAUUUUCGGCCUCCUCUAUAAGGUCAACGAGAAGGUCGAUCUCUUUGAAAAGUACGACGUGCAGGAGAUCCUGGAGUGCCGGAUCUUGAGCGUGGAUUCCCGCUUCCGAGGACGCGGUCUGGCUAACGUCCUUAUGGCGGAUAGCAUCGAGAUCGCGAGAAGAGCCGGCUUCAAGGUGUUCAAGGCAGACGCAACUGGGAUCUUCUCUCAGAAAGUCUGCGCCAAGCAUGGAUUUGAGAUGGAGGCUGAAAUCCCCUACGCAGAUUUAGACGAAUCCAUCAGACCUGCUCCUCCGCACGAAGCUCUAAAACUUCUGGUAAAAUUGAUAGACCAAGACUAACCGAAGUAGAUGACAGUUUGGUUACUUCGAGGCGAAGAGCAAAAUUUACAAAACUCACCGGUUCAAGGAAUCGCUGUGAGGUAUAGGUGUCUGGUUGUUGUGACAAUAACGGCUCUCUGAUGUACAUGAGCGUGGUAAUGUGUAUUUAAAGGCGAUUUGAUUCGCAUUCUUGUCUGUCGUUGGAGCUGACAUUAUUGAAAUCCUUUUAUUUAACACCAAUAAGGAACGAUUACUGCCCUUUGACGUUUUGGUCUCGGUGAGGUAUUUUAGAUUAAUCGAUCCAGCAAGGUGACACAUUUUUGACAUUUGCAAGCACGUAGUCGACAACUACGAGUUUUCAGAAGUCAUUGACGAUAACGUUUCCAAAGUACACUGCACUGGUCCUUGUUACAAACCUCGACCUUUUGGGAAGACUAGAAUAGUAACAUAGCUAGAGAAAUGUUACGAGCUUCUUAGGCUCAUAAACGAAUCAACGGGACAGUUGACAACAAUGUUGCAUGUUAAAUGGCGUUCAGUCUAUUAAUAUCAGAGAUUUA